AGUGUAUGUGCGCAUGCGCGUCACUGACAGCUAACUAGCGCAGCAGCGCACUUUCACCACAACAGCCAGCUGAUAACAACCAUCCAGCCCAGCCACGGUGGCCGACGUUUUGGUUUUGCUUUCACCACUACAUCUACCGUCGUGACUUAAAAUGUACACUCCAUGUGAGGGACGUAACUAAGGCUUGUUCGUACAAGUAUGGCGGUUAUUCUACAAAGCUUAAACGGCUCUCCGUCAGUGUAGUCGGCUAGCUAGCUAGCUAGGUAAAGUUGAUAGCACUGGAUAGCAUCAACGCUAGCUAGCUAAGUUACAGCGGAUUCCCACAAGCUGGCACCGAAAAAUCUCACCGUCAGCCAUGGGAAUACUAUUCACGAAGCUAUGGAGGCUUUUUAAUCAUCAAGGUAAGAAUGGUGGUGGGUCUUUGGUGAAGAAAUGUCGAAGAAAUGGGUGCUAAGUGGGCUAAGUGGUCAGAAAGGCCCCCUGUGUGAGACAGGACUGGCACAUUGAGAGGAACCGAGGGAAACAGGUCAAAACACUCGAGGACUACUCAUUUCAAUGUCUUCCGCUUUAUGUGUACACAGAUAACCUUCCAUUUUCCACAUAGAAAGUGAUGUUUAAUGUUUUGUACAGAGGGAGAGAGCGGCUUUUUCGUCCUCUUCGAUUAUUUAUGCUCUUUGGGCUCGGAGCGAAGGUUAGGUGACACCAAGUCGAUUCCCAUGAUACUGAUCCUGUAUCUGUAAACAGAUUGUGAAACCUCUGUAACAUGAGUCCAGACGUAUGGUUGAGGUGUCCAGCCCUGUUCGCCGGUAUUAUGGCUGAGAAAGCUACACAAACAGAGCACGCUGAGAGCAGCCACAUCAGCAGGAAUGAGCGGGCCAAUAAGGAUCAAUGAAUGACUUCACAGUGAAUCACACGGACUUUGUACUGCCUUCAUAAUCCUAUCACUUCGUCAGUGUAGUGUCAGGAGUUUAGGUGAUCUAACAUCCAGUCACAUCUGGUUUGACUUGAUGAGUACAGGGAUACCUACAUGUCAUAUCCUCAAGUUUUACCUUUUAUAUUAACGGAACUCUAAACCAGCUGGGCAGGGGUGGACAAAGUACACACCUUAAUUUCAUGAGUGAAAGAAUACAUACUCUUAGUCAGAUAUUAAUCCAACACAAGUCAAAGUUGUCAUCUUAUUUUGUGAGUUUAAAAUACUUAAAGGGAUAUUCCGACAUAAAAUGACUUCAGAUUCAAACACACUGUAACACCGAGUUAGGCUGUGUCUGAAAUGAAUCACUCAAUCCCUAACCCCUAACCCCCAUAUAGGAUUUUACUAUAUAGUUGACUAUGUUGUGAACUCAAUUACUGGAGGUUUCGGACACCACAUGGCAAGACGGGAUGCCUCGACACCAUUGAGUGACCAUCGGAUUGUCACUACAUUUUGCAAUGCUUUAUGGGAAAUUUUGAGUCGCCUAUAUAGGGCACUGGAAUUGAUCACUGAGAUUAUGGACGCCCCUCAAAAUGGCACUAACCCCCAUGUAGGGGUUAGGGAUCCAUUUCGGACACAGCCUUAGACACCCCGUCGAGAGAUGAAUGUUGCUGACAGCUUGCUUCUCUAGUUAUACCAACUUUAGUAACGACCGCAUGAUAGCAAUACAGAGAGCCAUGCGCUCAACCAAAACGCCACUCUAUAGCCACAAAUAAUGCUCAUAACAGCACCUAACUUCAUCAACAGUACAAAUAGGGUCCCAGCCAUAGCACUAGCCACCAAACAUCGUUUUAGCUUUGCCUGAUUUCUUUAGCAAAGACACUAAACACAACUCACCCACUCUCUUCCAGCAGCUGUUUGUUCAUACAGAGACCUCCGGGCGAGUCCGUCUACUGCAGCGGGGUGACGCAGCUCAAGGAAGAACAUUAUGACCAUUUCUUCAAUGAAAUGCAAUCAGACUGAGACGCGAAGCAAGAAGAACUACCGCGUUUGCAGUGCAAAAUGAUUAAUAUGAUGAUUAUUGCUUAAAGGAAAUGGUAAAGUAAUGUUCAUAAAUGUUCUUCCUUGAGCUGUGUCACCCCGCUACACUCGAUAGACUCACCCAGAGGUCUCAAGCAGCUGCUGGAAGAAAGUGGGUGAGUUGUAUUUAGUCUCUUUGCUGAAGAAAUCAGGCAAAGGCUAUGGCUAGGACCCUAUAUCUACUGAUGAUGAAGUUAGGUGCUGUUCUGAGAAUUAUUUGUGGCUAUAGAGUGGUGUUUUGGUUGAGCGCGUGGCUCUCUGUAUUGCUAUCAUGCGGCCAUUACUAAAGUUGGUAAAACUAGAGAAGCAAACGAUCAGCGACAUUCAUCUCUCAACGGGGUGUCUAACUCAGUGUGUCACUGUGUUUGAUCCUAACUUAAUUUUACGCAGGAAUAUCCCUUUAAGUAUUCAGAUACCUGAAAAAAAAUAUAUAGCGUGAUUUACACAGUGCACAAGUGCAGUCAAGAUACAUGCGUUUACAUUCUACUGCUUUAUGUUUGCUGUGAAGAUAUUUCAUUUUUAAAAUUUUUAAUGCCACAGUUGCAACUCCGUAUUACAACAUGCUCUCAGGCUGGAUAUCAAGUUUUCUAAGUUUUUUUGUGAAACAGAGAGAACAUUUGAGUAGACUAUGAAUCAUUUUUAAUUUCAUAAACCUCACACAUGCUGAGAUAUGGCCGUGGUUGCUCAGGUGGAAAAUUGUCAUCCCUCUCUGCUGCAGCAAACAUUGUCCCUACUAAAUAAACUGGCUAGUCUGAGUGACAUUGCACUGCUUUUGCUCUCAGUUCAACCACAGAGACUUGCGUCAUGCUGGUAUGGCAGCACCGCAUAGACAAACCAUAUACAAAACUAUAGAAAUACAGUUUCUUGUCUUCAAGAUCAGACAAGAAAAUUCACCAGUUGGCUUCAGAGCAAAAGGAAUAAGCAACAAUAAGGUUAAUAGAAAUAUAGUGAAGUCAAAAGUACAAUAUCUUUAAAAUGUUGUUGAGUAAAAGUAAAUAAUAUCCCAAAUAUGAUGCACAAGUUUAGUAAAAUACUCAAAAAAUAUACCUAAGUCAGUGGUUCUCAAUCUAGUCCUCGAGGCCCACUGUCCUGCAUGUUUUUGAUGUUUCCCUGCUCCAACCCACCUGAUUCAAAUGAUCAGCUCGUUAUUAAGCCAUUACAGAGCUCGAUAACGAGCUUAUCAUUUGAAUCAGGUGUGUUGGAGCAGGGAAACAUCCAAAACAUGCAGGACAGUGGGGGGCUCGAGGACUGGAUUGAGAACCACUGACUUAAGGGCAGUGUUAAAAUACAUUUACUUUGUGACUGUCCGCUACUGUAUACAGGUUAUGUAUACUGUAGGCUGUCUAAUUGGUCUUAUAAUUGGACAGGAGCGGUGACACCUUUGCAUUUUGAGCUGUAGUACCUGAUAGACAAGUCUAUAAACUGCUCAUAUGCCCGGCACGAGAGCUAAGAUGUGUAAUAGUCAUCUUUGUUGUGACCUAUUUAGAGUGCUGAUGGGUUGCUGGAAUAAGGUUCACAAAGCAAGGCAUUCAAAGACAUUGAACUGUGACAAAAUGUAGUUAUCAUGUUUUAUAACUUUUUCUCAAAUCUCAAAUCUCAAAAGAAUAAGCUGCAGUUUCAGGCAGAUAUUGGACUGUUACAGAACUGAUAGAUCAUGCUUCUUUUCUCUGUUGUUAAUUGAUGCAAAAACUUUUAUUACAGAAUAUAUUAUACAGAAAACAAUGCUCAGGUUAUGUUUUAUGACACAGUGUUCUUCAGCAGAAUACACUAUACAAACAGUCGACAAAAUUUGCCAGUACCCUCAGCUCCGAGCUUGUGGUCUUUACUGGAAUUGGCUAAUAUGCCAUAAAAUAAUGUUACUUAUUCUUUAAGGUGUUUUUAAAGGCAGGUUUCUUAACCUAUGCAUAAUCAAAUUGUGGUUGAAUCUUGAGAUUUCAGGUCAUAAUGAUACUAAUGUUUAGUGAAUAAAAAAAUAAAACAAAACAGUGUUGGUACCAGAAGUCUCACAGGAGUGUAACCCUAACAAUCCUCAACCUUGCCUGCAAAAAACUCUCUAUAACAAUUUUUGUCCUGCUUGUCAACAAGCAGCAGCUCCCUGGGAACAUCACUGCUCGAUUUUACUUCCAAUCAAUGUGGUGUGUGAGUGUGUGAGGCUUUCAUUGUAACCCCAGAGAUUUAACCCCAGCUUCACUUCCAAGUCCCAGGAAGUCGUACUGCGGCUGUGUCCCAGCUCAUCAAUUCAGUCCAUCUGAAAACAACUGUAGCUCAUUCACAGCGAGGAGCACAUGUGAUUACAUGUUUAGUUUACUCAUAUUACAAGUAGUUUAGUCUGAAUAAGCCUCAAGGCAAUGUGCUGAAAAGCCUCAUUCAACAUUGUUGCCACCGGCUUGUUGCUGACUUCCACAUGAAAUCACAUUUGAUUGAAAUAACUUUGAUUUCUAUUCAUUUUCUGUUUAGGGUGAUGUGCGACCCUGGGGAAUAUUUCCAAAUUUUGAAGGGAAAUAACACUUCAUUGAUACUGGGAGGGAAAAACUCAGCUGAUAUUCAAAUUCACAAACAUGUGUACAUUUUCAGAAGAAACUCAACUUAGUUUAAACUUUCUUUUUAUUAAAAAGAAUAUUCAUAAACAGUUUAAACAUUUUUGGUUAUAAUAACUUAGUAAACAUCAUCAAAAAACAUCAACAAUAUUCAAAGUUUAACAAUCAAAUAUGAGAGUAAUCACAGUUUUCAUCAGAGAGCCUUCAAACAGCUAUGAGGAGAGUGAAACUGUCAAAUUAAGCAUAAAAGGAACUCAUCGUUGUGGCAGGCCUGCUUUGGGUUGUGUGUCAUCCACAUUUAAAGAGGUUACCAGAAAGUUUAGCCAGAAUGUACACAAACAACUCAGCUCACACCUGUGUGACCUUUUUUAUUUCACACAAGUUUUUUUUUCAGCCUGCACUGCAGCCCGCGCGUGUGAGCUGUAUGUUAUGUUGUUGCAUGCAGACAGUUUUUUCUGUUAAAGCUAUAGUUUCACAUCGUCCUUGUCCCGACAGCUGUCAAGUUUUGUUGAGGCUAAGCAAGGCAGAGUUACAGAGAUAAGACCCACACUUGUGUCUGCAGCUACUUUCACUUCCUCAUCUUAAGUAAUGUUUUGGUUAUUGUAAGAACCUCAGACUGACUCUAAGUGCUAAACCCCCAGUGAAGUUGACUGUAAACCACACAGAGCGUCAAAGGACAUGAGUCUUAUGACUGUUAAAAUGUACGUGUUUAAGCUAUAGUAAACCCCCACCCUUUCUUUCACCUAACAGUUGCACAUUUAUGUAGAAAAUAUGUGUUUUCGCACAGAAUGCUAAAAACGAUACACACGUUCUGUUUUGAGACACUCAAAUGUGUAUAAAACCAGUCAGUCUCCUUAAAGAAGCUGUUGGUUUGAUCUGUUAAAGAGUGUCUCAUCAUUUAGAUUCAAGGUGACAUCUGUGAGUGUGUCUUUAGGCAGUUCUCACAAAGUGAAAUAGUCCUUAAUCCCUGUUAAAAAAGUAAGUUUCUAACUUUGUAGUAUAUAUAUCAUUAACAAGAACGAGUUUGAAUCUCUGUUUCUGCUGAUUUUGAUGAGCUGUAGAACUUUUAACUCCGAGCUUACAAACUAAUUAAAAGACUUCAAAAGAGUUUUAAGACACGCCAUAACCCUGUAAGCUCUUAUCAGCAGCAGCAGCAGCAGUGUUAGACCAAAUACAUACCUGGUGUGCAUACCUUUAUGUACUCACCGUGUGUUGCUUUGCUCUCCAUUGACCUGUGGUUACAUCAGAUAAGCUGUACUUUAAAACCAGUAUAGGAACGGCAAGAAAAAUAUGGGCUUGAUCUCUUUUCUGCUAAGCUCGUGUUUUAAAAAGUCAGUCAGCAUACUCACUCCCUGUCCUAAAAUGUAAGUGUCACAUGAAAGUUUGAAACCUCCUGGGCUCUCUGCAUUUAUACAUUUAGCACACCAACAAACUUUUGGAUGCAAACAUUUAAGGGUGAUAAACAUAAAAAGAAAAUAAGAAUUCAAAAAGAAUAUGUAAACAAUGCAAGUGAAAAAGAAACAGUUUUGACAAAUAGCCAAAAAAAAGCUAAGUGUUAUGCUCUCGGAUGGUAGGUAAUGUGAGUGGAAGGAAAAAAUCUCAAACAUGAUGUGAAUUCUCAAAAAUGAGGAAAACAUUUGUUAGGCCACAUCAAAAUAAGACAAAAAAAUGUCAAUUAUUUAAAUGCUUUGCAAAAAUAUCCCCUGCAGAAGAAGAAAAAUGAGACAUUAGUCCAACAUAAGUCCAACAAAACUGGCCUCACCUGCAGACAAUCCAAGUGAGAGAAGCUGCAGUAGUAACAAAAGGGAAAACAGAAUCCCCCAAAGGGAAAAAGAACUACACACACCCCAUAUUUAAAGUGAAAUGUAAACAUCAUAUGCAUUUAAUAUAUGCUUCAAAUCAAUAUUGCUUGGGUGCUAGAGGAAUGUGCACCUUCCUUUAGCCUUAACAAUAAUUGGUGAGGACUCUAUGGCCUUAUAACACCAAGAUAAAAAGUUUGCAUGCAUAAAAUCUGAAAAAUGUUAAGUUACAAAAUAAAAGAAAAGGAAAACUUUGAUUCAUUGGCAGAUCCUGUCUUGACAUCGAUCUAAAUGGUGAUAUUGUGUAAAUACAGUGAUGUUUAUUGACUUUAAACUCAAUGUCUCUAUGAUUCUACUAUUGUAACAUGUGAAGUGAUCAAACCACCCUGAUCCAGUGCUGAAAUACUGUGUCAUUGGAUUUGAGACAUGCACUGGAAUAUUCUGGCUGGAUGAGCCUCGGGACUGACUUCACAGUCUUUCUGCUAACCAGAACUCGAGCGUGGUAUUAUUUCAGACAAGACAAGAAAGUCGAGCUUUGUCCGCAGUGCAUCAGCUGAUCCUGCCGACAGCUGAUCACCUACCUCACAUCUAAUUUGUAAAUGUCAGAUUGGGUGUUCUAUUUAAACCACUUCAGACUGCUUUCUCUUGCUGCUUGACCUUUUUUCCUUCAAGCCCCCUCCCAUGGCCUACGCAAAACGUCCCAUUACUGUAAAAAAUAUGUACAUUUUUAUGUUCCUACCCAAAGAAGUGAGGAAAAUGUGUGUUACUUUCAUCGCUUCAUACAAGCAGAUCUACCCAAACCAUCUAGCGAGUCUGUUCUACUGAUUUUGGUUGAUAUGUGCUCAUUUAUUUUGCAGAUACAGCUGUCUCAUUCAUCUUUUCUUUGAUAUACAGCUUUUUGUAUGUGUAGAAAAAGAUGUAUGCCAUCUCCACAGCUGCUGCUCGGUUCAGACUGAUCGUACACGCUUCCUUGAGACCACCCACAAAGUCAUCCGUAGCUGUGAAAGUACACUGUUCACAGCACCACAAUGUCUCACUUAUACCCGGUGCGUGAAGCAGCUACACUAUUUGGAGCUGAGGGAUAAUGCUGGAACAAAAAGGCUGUUGUUUGAAUCGCUCAAUGCAGUUCCACAUCAAAAGACAUCUUUUUAACAGAUUUCGUGGCCGAGUUUACACAAGAACCGUACAUCAGUCGGCCACCAGCACUUAGCCCACAUAUUGAUGUCACUGUUUGCUCUGUGAAUCCUUUGUAAGUGUCUUUUAUUGCCUUUCAGAGCACAAAGUUAUUAUUGUGGGGUUGGACAACGCCGGCAAGACCACCAUUCUUUACCAGUUGUGAGUAUCCAAACAAAGCCCUUUUACAAAAGUUGUUCUAUAAUUGUAUCAGAAAGUAAUUUGAAAUGAUUGAAGUUGACUCACUUGUACUUUUUAAUGAUUCUUUUCUGAUAAUUUUUACCUUUAUGUACAUUAUAGUUCAAUGAAUGAGGUGGUGCACACCUCUCCGACAAUUGGGAGCAACGUGGAGGAGAUUGUCGUCAACAAUACUCAUUUCCUGAUGUGGGACAUUGGGGGCCAGGAGUCUCUGAGGUCAUCGUGGAAUACAUACUACACAAAUACAGAGGUAACAACUGCUGCUAACACUCGCUUCCUCGAGUAUCCAGUUAAAUCAGGUGGAACUAAAUCAACAAGUCACUCACCCUGGUACCUCAGAGGACAUUUGCUUAUUGCAGAAAGAGUGUAAAGGGGUUUAUUCUACAGUAAACAGACAGAUAUUUGAGUGUAGAAACACCAAAGAGUAUUAGAGGGAUUCAGAAACCAUAACUGUCAGAUUAGCAGAGGACUUGAGCAGGUUAACUGUCUGUUCAAAUGCUAAAGUCAUGCUCGUUUUCUCCUAGUGAAAAUAACACUCAUUGUAUCUUUGUCACCAGUAAUAGUAAUAAAAAAAAGAUGAUAAGUAUACACAUGACAAGCUUUUUGCCACAUCUUGAACAGUGUCAUACUUUCUGAGUACUUAAAAAAUAUCAGCAGAAAAAAAAUUGAAUUUCUCAUCCUCUAGUAGUGAAGUGUGACAGUAGCACCAUUGCAUCCUCCGGCAAAGUAAAAUAUGCAGUGUUUUUGAUUAACUGUUCGACAUGUCUUCCUCAUUUCUUUCAUAGUUUGUCAUUGUGGUGGUAGACAGCACAGACAGAGAAAGGAUCUCAGUGACCAAAGAGGAACUCUACAGAAUGCUAGCACAUGAAGUGAGUAUCAUAAAAAAUGAUAAGAAUCCACCUAUAAGCUGUAAGAUGGGGUACAAAAAGAUGCAGUCUUGUUUUUAUGGAGGGGGGGCUCCCGGAGAUUUAAACUGAUCCUACCUGAAUUCUGUUUUGGUAUUCAACAAUGUGCAGUUUCUGUGCAGAUGUGUAGCUCUAGCUUGUACCAUAAAAUAGUUGAGCACAGUCGUGUUAAUAGUAGUCAUGCACAGAGGGACCCACUUCCUGCCAUCAAGGUUAGUUCUCAUAAAUUAAACACCAAAACUAAACAAAGUUAUUACAUUUUAUGGGCAUUUGCUUAUGUAGGUCAUAAUGAGGCUUUGCUGUUAACAUUAGGCUGUUUCAUUUCCAAUAAUAAAAAAAAAGUCCCUCAGGGCUUUACGUUUAUUCAGAGACAUUAAGAUACAUAAACAAAACAUAAACUAUUUAUAGGUAAUGUACAUCCGAGAUCCUAAUGUGCUCUGAUAUUGAUUUGUCAAUGUACUUAAACAUGGGAGUAAAGCUCAACUUUCAGCUGUGUUGACAUAGCACUCAGAAAACAAAAGUGUCAAGAGGAGACUCUAUAUCCCUCACUGUGAUCCGAACUGAUGCGGUCUCCAUUUCUACCUUUUUUUCUCCUCUUUUUGUGUCUCUUAUCUGCCUGCCAGGAUUUAAGAAAGGCAGGUUUGUUGAUCUUUGCCAACAAGCAGGAUGUGAAAGGGUGCAUGUCUGUGGCUGAGAUCUCCCAGAGCCUUCAGCUUACCUCUGUGAAAGACCACCAGUGGCACAUUCAGGCCUGCUGCGCCCUCACUGGGGAGGGGUGAGUACUACAUGAAAUAUACACUGGGUACAAAUGAAGCUUCUGUGUCCACUUGUAUCAUCUUAACACCUGUCCCACUAAUUGUCCCCUCUGCUCCACAUCCCGUUCCUCUGCAUUGUCUCUUUUACCUUCAGGUUGUGCCAGGGUCUCGAGUGGAUGAUGUCACGGCUGCGUGUGAGAUGAUGACCUUUAACAUCUAUCCAGAGUGCGCCCUUGCUCCUUGUUUUCUCUGCCUCCAGACACAAGCUUGAAACAAGUGCGAGGGGGUCGGGUCAGUUGAUGGAUGGCCGCUCUCCUCUUUCCUGUGAUGCUGACAUGGGCAGAUCGCUGCCAGGACGUUAUAUUCUCCUGUGAUAAUUUAUUUUACAAAAGACGUCUGAGAACAAAAAAAACGUGACCUUAACAAAGGGACAUUGGACAACAAAAGAGACUUAAAUUUAUUUAAACAGAAAUCUCUUGCACGGUAUUUGUUACAGCAAAACACAGACGUCAGCAAAGUGUCUGACUUGGAACUGUACAUGGACCUCUUCUUUUUCAGUUGUGUGUGAGUCUUGCCCACCGUGGCCUUGCAGUAUUGCCGGACUGGCUGUGGCAGUUUUUAUUGCCCCCUCCUGUGUGUACAGUCCAGUAUUCUCUUUUAACGUGGUGCCUGCAGCAGAAUAUUCAAGCAGUGAAUGAUGGUUGAUGGUGACUGAAACCUGCAGAAAGGAGGGUUGAAUCAUAACUUGCCCUCCUCCUUUCAGUCUCUAUGAAUAAUCGGUAAAAUAAAGUGUUUUUAUCUGUUUCAGGUGAAUCUCAGCGUGUGAUAAAAGAGUGUUUCUUCUGUGUGAUUCCCUUUCCUCUAAGGACAAGAUUCAACUCGACUGAGUUUACCUUCACUUAUUCUUUUUUUAGUCCUUUAGGAGGCAGACUGUGUCAUAUGAGCUCAUGGUCACUGAUGCUUUUCAGGGAGCAUGAUGAGCAGCCACAGGAGUAGAGAGGAGAGAGCCAGGGAGAAAGACAGCAGGGAGAGAAGAGAGACCGGGUCCUAAAUGUGAGCUGCAUGGUGAAAAGAGAAGAAAAGUUAGGGCUAUGUACAAUCAGACUGCCAUUCUUUCAGAAUAUGAAAGGUAAACUUUUGAGAUCUUACCAGAGUAUUUGUGGUGUUUCCUAAUGUGCACAACUCUUCAGUCAUCUGAUGAUACUGUCCUCAUGGUAUUGUCACUAAAUGAGUGAAUCUUCCCAAAACAGCAGCAGAAAAUCUUGCUCAAUAUAAACACUCAUAAUAUGAUAGAGUGUGUGGUGUUUCUCCCGCAGCCACUCCUGUUUCCUCUAUCACAUUUUAAGGUUAUGCCCUGUUUAACUGCUGAUCCGUGAACACAUUUAAUAGGACUCUUACUUGAAGCAUUUUCUAAAAUGUAUUGUUUGUUAAGGUUGAAUAUAAGCCUUUUAUAUUUGAAGUACAUGGUUUGUAAGAUGCAUCUUAGUUUUGAGCAGCAAGCUCAAUUUAAAUCAGUUAUGACUUGUAUAGAAUGACAAGACUCAGAGCCCACUGCCAGCUCUGAAGCCCAUAUGUAAGGGACCUAAAAGUGACUGGAAAAGUAAGGAACAGAGAUCUCUACAAACCAAUAUUCACUGUUGUUGUUAAAUUUUGUAUGUGAAGACUACAUUCUUGCCAGAACAUCCGUGCCAGCAGCACAAAAUGUUUGAGAUUUUCCCUUGAAAUUUGGAUUAAUGCAAGAAAUUUAGUCUGAUCUUUCACAUUGCUUUGUUGGUUUCCCACUCCUGAAGUUGGCUCUGCAUUUACUAAAGUAUGCAUGGUUAGAAAUUGCUGAAGCUUUCAUGACAGGAAACUUUCUAACUUUAAAUAUCUAAUUGAACCUCAAAUCGUGAUGAAUACUACUUCUGUGAUUUUUGAACAAAGCUUUCAUUCAGAAAUAUAUGGAGAAGUGCAAAACAAGUGAGAUCGAGUCAGUUUUAUUUAUAUCACUUUACCCACAACGCAAUUGAUCCAAAGUGCUUUUCAGCAAGCACACAGAGGAAACAAAACACAAGUAAAAGAAUUUAAAUAAAUUAAAUUCAAAAUGAGCUGGAAAAGGACUUUUUACGAGAGAAUUUCGAUACCUUUUGAAGGUACGUAAAAUCUAAAUUUAAAAGAAAAAAACAGUCAACUAAACAAGAUCCUACAAUAAUUCAGGUUUGCAAUGAUUUAUUGAAGAACAUUUUGGAUCUCUUGGUGCAGGUCAGGAACACUUGGUGUCAUCAGUAUAUUUUAAGUAAUGUGUCAGUAGCUGUAUCAGAUUCUAUAAUAACCCAAAAGGUUGCCUAGGUUGUUGACCGGUGUACUGUUGCUCAGAUCUACCUGAAGCAUGUUAAGCAUGUUUCUGAAAAUUUAAAAGUGGCUACGUAGAAAAGAUUAACUAACCCAAAACAUCCCUUUCCUCAUAUAGAGCUUCAAAGGUCAGAGCUGAUGUUUGUCUGGAAGUCUGCCUGGUUUUAGACAUGAAGUGAUCCAGAUGGUGCAAAGUCAUCCUGUAAGUUUCUAAUUGGUAUCAUUUUAGGCCUCUUACCUCACUAGACUUCAUUGUUUUUAUCCCUAAGUGUUGAUCUGAGAGGAUUGACUGUUGGCAGUGUUUGUGUUUUGGUUGUCUGCCGUGCAGCUGUUGUGUUCUGGUUUCACUGGUCACCGGUCAUUUUUUCCAGUGACUAAGCAUCAUGUCGCCCCCUCCCACCACUCUGGGUGUCCUUGGCUUUGGGAAAUCAUUCUUUUGCCUGCAAGACUCAUUAAAGACUAUGAUACUCCAUACUGUGUUUAUAUGUGAAAAAGGUAUGAAGAAAUAUUUUCUUAUCAAUCAAACACUCGCAGAAAUGUUUGAAGAUAUUUCAAGUUCUAGGUAUUAAUUCUUGGGCUUAAAUCUUCUGAAACGGAAAAAGGUACAACUCUACUUCAGAAAAGCUUAGACACUGUUUAGAGACCCAUUCCGAUGAAAAUCAUGUUUUUCUUGUUUUUUAUAUGUUCAGAUGACAUUUUUCUGAUGCUACAGGACAUAUCAUGAGAAAAAUAGGUCCAAAAUUGCAUUUCUGAGUAUCUCUGCAUUUAAAUUGCUGUGAAUCUCUGGCAGACCCAAAUGGCAGGUUCAGAAACAGUGAGAUUUAUGACAUAGCAAAUCCAAGCUCCGCCCCUGGAGCCCCGCAAUGCAGGUCACACUCAGAGAAAUAGCGAGGACGAUCACGGAACAUGCGUGUGCGGUAGCAGAUUACAAUGCUCCUAAGAAAGCUGAUUAUAUUAACUUUAAUCGACAUAACUGUCCCUAUAGACAUUGGUGUCUGAGAGCUGAAUAGGUCCUAUUUUAAUUGCCACUUCUGUUGCACAAGCAAUGUUAGGCUGCAAGCUAGUGUUAAGAUGAGUAUGCAGAGCAGCGCUGUCUCCGCCCACGACUCAGAGGCAAUUUGCUAACAGGAGCUCUGCAGAGGAAAAGUCCUUGAAAAUGACACAGGUAACGCGAUUUUGGCUAAAAACUUAUAAAUUACACCUUUAAGACGACUGAUAACAUUUUAAGUAGUAAAAGAAAACGAUUGUUGUGGGACUGAACAAAAUACGCAGGUUUUGGAGCAACAUGUGGUGACAUCCAGGGAAUAACUUUAUCAGGGAGAACCCGGCACAUUUCAGUAAGAUCAUACCAAACCAUACUCUGCUGAUAACAACAUCAUGCUCUGUGCUAAAUUGGCCUUAUUUGUUGCCUGUUGAAAAAAGUAACAACAUCACAAACCAAAACUACGAUAAAUCCAACCCUGAACUGUUAAGUAGCUAUAAAUCUGAAUAAAUGGGACAAUAUUUCACUGUAGGAACUCCAGAAACUAGUGAAACUAAAUAAGCGUACACUCCUCCAAACAAUAAAUGUGUUUAUCUGUGUGUAUUCAGGUAGGAGACCUUGGUUACAGCAGCACCUUUUAAAAUCGUAUUUUGUUUUACUUCAGUUUUUGCAGAUGAGAUGAAAACUGCAGUGAUGCUGCUAAUGAGGCCUGAGCAGCGAGUCACCCAGUGCAUCACAGAAUAGAGAGCCAUUACCACUCUCCUGAGAGAGGGAGAGAAAGAGAGAGGGAGCAACAGUGUGACAGAGACAGCUGUUCCUGUCCAUCUGGGGCUCUUGGUAGCACCCUGCUCCUGGCAAAGAGAGUGAGAGCAAAGAAAUGACAUACCAGUGAGAUAGAAGCACAUCAUUUAGAUAGCUCAAAGUAAAUAAUGAUGCAUAUUUCAAGUGGUGUUUCAAAAUAUCUACAAUUAUAAUAUUUGUAUCAUUUUAUUUGUUCCACUGUACCUGGAAGAUGCAACAGUUUUUCUUAAGAACUCUGAAACUCCACUUGAAGUAAGCAUUUCUAACAUUUGAAAUUUUGCUUCUCUUGCUUUAAGUAUCAGUUCUCAAGUUUAUCUGUAGUUAGUGUUGAAUAUAUUGUACCUAAAAUGUAAAGCUGGCCUAUAGACCAUGUUUUAAAGACGUAGUUUUUUAAUAUGCAAUGUAACAAGGCUAAAUAUGUUUGUCAUUGCUACUGUAAAGCUACAACCUUUAAAGUUAAGUGCACAUUUCUAUGAGUACCUCUGCCCACAGCCAUUAAAAAUGUAUCAUGUCAGAUGGCCUCAACCUUAAUCCCAAAG